AUGGCGUGGACGUUGAAGCUUCUUGUCGCCACUCUAGUGGUUGGCUGUUUGGUUGCUGAACCAGUAGUAACAGUCUCUACUCAAGCUCCUACUCCCACUACUCCAAAUCCCGCUACUGCUUCCACUACUCCAAAUCCCGCUCCUGCUUCCACUACUCCAAAUCCCGCUACUGCUUCCACUACUCCAAAUCCCGCUACUGCUUCCACUACUCAAAAUCCCGCUACUGGUACCACUACUCAAAAUCCCGCUACUGGUACCACUACUCCAAAUCCUGGUUCUGCUUCCACUACUCAAGAUCCUGGUUCUGGUACCACCCCUUCCACUGCAGUCCCUACAACCACAGCACGUCCAGAUGCUUGUCAGUCACAACCAUGCAAAGAUGGAAGCACAUGCCAACCUCUUGCCAGUCAAACCUAUAGAUGCUUGUGUUUGAGUGGUGAAAACUAUGAUGAAGCCACUAAUACAUGUUCAGCUGCCAAAGUUUUCCCUAGCGAGCUAAUCGACCCUUCAGAACCAUAUAAGGACACACUGGCUGAUAUGAAAUCAUUAGACUUUCUGACAACUUCAAGAACAAUUGUUGAUAAAAUGGGUAAAGUUUAUGACCCUCUUAAAAAGGGUUACAAGACCUCUACAGUACUUGAGUUCCGUCGAAGCUCAUCAAGGAACACGGGCGUCGUUGCAUCAAUAGAGAUCUUCUUUUCAGCAAAUUCUGAUAUUGAUAACAAAACUGUUAAAUCGACACUCGAAGAAUCGAAAGAAUUCCAAGGGGCAACCUUCACACUGGUGAACCUGUGUGAUGGAGGACGUGAUCCAUGUGAUACAGCAACUUCAAAAUGUAGUUCAUCAGGAAAUGGAGCUUUCAAGUGUACCUGUUUGCCUGGUUAUAUUCAAACCAACUACACUGACAGAAUGUGCACUACUUGUCCAAUUGGUAUGAAACCAGACAAUUCUGGAAAAUGCAAGAACUGUGAUUUUGGAUAUUCUGGUUUUGACUGCCGUGAUUCGUGGGAGUUAACACUGGUGAUUGUUGGUUCUGUGCUCGGGGGGCUGCUGCUCAUCACAAUCAUCCUCUUGCCUAUUGUGGCCAAAAAUGGUUUGGCUGAAAGUCGGCCCGUUGCAGCUCAAGGUGGGUCAUCCAACGGCCUGGCAGCCUUUGCCAGCGCUGGGUUCCCGAGAAUCCCUCGGGCCACAAGCAACAGUGGAUGGGACCGCAGUUCCAACCUGGAGAUGACCCCGAGCAACAGCCGGCAAAACCUGAUCCCUGGAGGAAGAAACACGCGGCUCUACAACGAUGCAGAUGAUUUGAGUGGAAAUUCCUACACUCGCCCCCAGAGUAACCCAUACGCCCAGAAUCGAGCUCAGUUCAACCCAUACAGUCAAAGCCAAGGCCAGUCCAACCCUUACUUCGCAAGCGACGUCGGAAGGCGGUAUUAA